UCUCAGAGCAGGAUCUCCUCCAAGUGGCCUGUCAUGGAUUUUAUGACAGAUCGGGAUGUGCAGAAGUUAAGGGAGGACGGGUAUGUGGUUCUGGAUGGGCUGCUGACCUCCCAGGAGUGUGAUGAGCUGAGGCAGAGGAUGAUGGAGAUCGUGGACAGGAUGGACGUCCCUGAGCACUGUCGCACCCAUUUCUCCACCAACCAUGAUGAGCAGCUCAAAGAACAGAUGCAGGGGAAUGCUGAUUAUUUCAUCACAAGUGGAGAUAAGGUCCGCUUUUUCUUCGAGAAGGAUGCUUUUGACGACAAAGGAGAAUUUCUUGUACCAAAGCAGCGGUCGCUCAAUAAAGUCGGACAUGCCCUGCAUGAACUCGAGCCGUUUUAUAAGAAGGUUACACAUUCAGCCAAAGUCCAGGGCAUAGCCAGGAAGCUGGGCCUGGUUAAUCCUCUCAUACUGCAAAGCAUGUACAUCUUUAAGCAACCAGGAAUUGGAGGAGAAGUGACGCCACACCAGGACGCCACCUUUCUGUACACCGAGCCUCUGGGCAGAGUUCUGGGAUUCUGGAUCGCCCUGGAGGACGCCACCGUUAACAACGGCUGCCUGUGGUUCAUCCCGGGCUCACACAACAGUGGGAUCUCCCGCCGUAUGGUGCGCACCCCACAGGGAACCUAUCCGCUGACGGAAUUUAUCGGAAAAGAGCGCCCACACGAUGAAGGGAAAUUUGUAGCUGCGCCAGUUAAAAAAGGUGCUGUGGUCCUGAUCCACGGGGAGGUGGUGCAUCGAAGCGCUGAGAACACCUCGGAGGAUUCCCGCCACGUCUACGCCUUCCACCUCAUGGAGGCCCUGGACACCCGCUGGAGCCCGGACAACUGGUUGCAGCCGACGGAGGAGCUCCCAUUCUCACCUCUUUACACCAAAUGAAGGAUGUCUGUAGCCCGUUGUGCUGCAGGACAAAGAGGGACCAAAAUACAUGAACAGUUUUAUACAAGACACAAUAUUUACAGCUUCUAUAUAGAGAGAAAACAUUUUUAUAUGAUUCAGUUUCUCUGGCCUACAUGGAAAUCAUCACAGCCUCUCAGGCUGGU